GGAAAAGGGAAAUGGUAUGUUAUGGAAAAUUAAUGAAUAAUAUCAAAUAUUAUGUAAGUGUAUUACCUAUCUAUGGUGAAUAAUGUAUGUAUGUAAAUUCACAACAGAAAACGAAAUAGAAACGAAAAUAAUAAGGAGAACAACAAACUUUGUGCUUGUGCAUCACUGAAAUAUCGUGAUAUAAAUAUAUAUUAAUUGGGUUUUGCAUUAAAAACAAAGACGGAAUCACAAUGCUUUGUUCGCAUCGAGAAGUGACGCAUAUCAAAUUGAAUUACACGAGAAUGUGCUUCUUAGUGAAUUGUCUAAAAAGAUUUAAAAGUUCACAAGAAUGGCUGAGUCGUCAAAAGGCUGAUCCUUAUGUAGAGAAAGCUAAGAUAUACAACUAUAGAUGUCGCAGUGCCUUCAAAUUAUUGGAGAUGAAUGAAAGAACCAAUAUAUUGAGACCUGGCCUAGCUGUUAUUGAUCUUGGAGCAUGUCCCGGUUCUUGGACGCAAGUGGCGGUUCAGAAAACAAAUGCGGAUGGUGCAGAUCCUAGUAAGCCCAAGGGAACAGUCUUGUCAAUUGAUAAACUUCAGAUUUUUCCUAUUCAGGGAGCAACAAUACUAAAUAACAUGGAUUUCUCUACAAUUGAAGCACAUGACAAAGUUGUAGAAGUUUUAAAUGGCCAACAAGUUGAUCUAGUUCUCUCUGACAUGGCUCCCAGUGCAACAGGUGUCCGGGAAUUGGAUAAAGAUAGAAUAAUUGGUCUCUGUUACAUGGCUAUCAGAUUUGCAGCACUUGUGACAAAAAGAGAAGGAAAUUUACUAUUUAAAGUAUGGGAUGGAAAAGAAGUUCCUAUACUAGAAAUGGAUUUAGCAAGGUUUUAUAAGAAUAUAAAGAUAUUAAAGCCGAUGGCAAGCAGGACUGAAUCUUCAGAAAAGUUUAUUUUAGCAAAGGGAUUCAAGGGGAUACAGAGACCUUUACAAAAUGGCAGAUGGGGUUGAAUAGGUUAAGGAAUGUGGUUGUGGCCUUGGCAUCACCUAUACAAGUGGUCCGCAAUGCCUGACUCAAAAGCUACAUGCGGUUCUUUGACUGCUUGGCUAUGGCUCUUCAAUGAAAUUAUUAGUCUGGGCACGGAGUAAUACUUUUGAACUAGUAGAGCACUUAGGCAUUUCAAAAAUGUUGCCAUGUAAGUAUGAGAAAACAUUUUUGUAAUGCAAGGCUAUGGAAAAUAGCUGUUUGAAUCAAUUUCAAUUGUAUAUUAUCUAUAUUUGGCCAUUUUGGAUGAUAAGAUUUCUGCCCACUGGCCAAUACCAAUUAGUAGUGACCACUUUACCACCCACCCGAUGGUGGGUUACGAGUGCCACAACAUUGUGCAAUAAAAAAGUUAAUAAUUGAGAUAUGAUAUAAACUGUAACUGUGUAAAUAAAUAAAAUAAGGAUAA